GAUAAAAAGUAAUGCAAAAUGGCAACAUACAUUAGAUACCAUGAAAAAGACGACCUGAAAACUGCUGCUGACAUGGCAGUUGUGAGGAGACCAGUGAAGCAACAGGAUGGAGCGGACGACUACAUUACUGUUACUUCUCGCUUUGCUUGGUGCAGCAGAGGUCGGUGCCAUUAUAUUUCCCGGCCAACUGGACCACGCUGAAGGGGAUGAGUGUCCUAUCGGCUCCGGCAGGACAGGCAGGUGUUCCAGGUCGUGCGGACACUCGACCCGCCAGGAAGAGCCUCCCAGAUGUGGCAUCAAGAACUCCGCUUUCCUCGUCUGCUGCGACAAAACACAAGUUCACAGUUCCCUGCCCGUCACUAACAUAGCUCCUCCCGCAGUAACAUUCGAAUGUGGAAGAAAUGCAAGAAAUAUGUUGGCGUUAUCAUUCGGCUACGUGGAUGGAAAGAAAAUUUAUAUUGAAACCGAAGAUUACGAUUCCAGAAAAAAAGGCACCAUUACGACAAUACUGGAGAAUGGUACAGAGAUUGAGCAGGAAUACGAGGUUGCAGGCGUAGGGGGUGAGAGAGCCGAGAAGAACGCGUGGCCUUGGAUGGCGCUUGUUGGUGAGCGAGACGGCCAGGCCAUGAAUUGGUUCUGUGGGGGAGUGCUAAUCAAUGAGCAGUGGGUUCUGUCUGCCCUCCACUGCUUUUUAUACAACAAGCCCGAGGUGGUUCGUCUUGGUGAACAUAACUACAAAGACGACAACGACGGGGCACCUCACCAAGACUUUGACGUGGCAGAGACGGUUAUGUAUCCUGGGUAUGUUUACCCUGAGGCCUACCAUGACCUGGCUCUGCUUAGGUUGUCUUCGAGGGUGCACAUACAGGAGUUAAUCAACCCCGUGUGUCUCCCGUGGGCAGUGGAGAGCGAGGUGGACAUCACGGGACACGCAGCGACGCUCACUGGCUAUGGCGAUACUGAAUAUCGUGGAAUACCAACCUCCUACCUGCAGGAAAUCAACAUGAGAGUAUUUUCGUCGGCCCAGUGUGACCAAAGCUACUCCACUUUGCCCCAUUAUGCAGCCACCUGGCCUAAGGGUAUCGGGCAGGAGACUGUGUGUGCUGGAGACCCUAACGGGGGACGGGACGCUUGCCAGGGUGAUUCCGGUGGACCCCUUGUGACUCAAGACGCCCGAGGACGUUUCGUGCUGGCGGGUAUCGUGUCACGAGGAUACGGCUGUGGCCACAGGGACUAUCCAGGACUGUACGUUAACAUGCGCCACAAGCCUUACCUCGCCUGGAUAAAAAAAAUAGCGUUCACUACCUUAUGAACACACUCUGUGCAAGUCAUGAACCAAGAGACAUCCAGGAAAUGGUUGCCACUGUGUAAGAAAGUGGGUUGAGUAAGAUUAAUAAAAUUACGUCUAUUU